AAAAAGAGCAUGGCCAAAUUUGCACUGUACCGGAAGUUUACCAACUCCCUUGCUGUAACAGUUCUGCUUUCUGUUGCUUGGAUUGGUUAUGAGUUGUACUUUAAUGCAGCCGAUCCAUUGAACGAACUGUGGCGAAGAGCUUGGAUAAUUCCAGCUUUCUGGACUUUGCUUGCAUAUAUUCUCUUGGUGAUAGUAUGCAUUCUCUGGGCCCCGUCACAUAACCCAAAUAGAUAUUCAUUUUCGGAAGAGACAGGAGAUGACCUUGAAGAGGAGAGCAUUUCACUUACUGGCAGUAGUGUUAUGCUGGUGGGAGAUUUAACAACCAAGGUGGAAAGAAAGGAAAGGAAGGUGUCAAUUGUGGCAGAACCUCAUGUGUUUGGGCUAGGUGAAGAUCUUGAAGAGGACAAAAGAGAGUAAUGGCCCCAAGUCUCCUGUUUUGCAGUUGAACUCAAAGUACAAAUAGCUACUUAAUUCAGGAGUCCCCUCACUAAAACAAUUAUCACACCUCUUAUUUGCACUGAAUGGGAGAAAGAUAUACAGAAAAGUUCUUGAAUGGCAGUUGAAGUUCAAGUACC